GAGACUCAAUGCCUACAGUGAACAGGAAUGGGGCCACACGAGGGCAGCAUAAGCACAGGAAAGGAGCCUGUAACUGGAGAAGGAUGAGGGUGGGAUUUCUUUAAUGGAGGAGAACUGGGAUUCCCAGCAUGCAACAAUUGGAUAGCUUUAGCCUUCGAAUCCCAAGCUAUUGAGAAGAGUGGCGGAAAAUGACAGACCAAAGGGAGGGGGGGGUGCACCAAAGAAACAGAGUGGAUCACAGUCUUACCAAACUGAAAAUCAGCAAAGAAGAAGAACAUCAAGAAAAUGAAUGUGCAUAUGUGUAUGUGUGGUUUAGAUUUCAAAAAAUGUAUAAGACCCCUGCUCCUAUUACUUUAACAGCUGACGAACCCCCAGGCCAUGAAAAGCUUCCCUUAUUGAUCUCUGCAGAUGGAGCUCCUGUUAAAGUUACUCAAUGAUUAUUUCCUCUUAAGCAGCUGGCUAUCUAAUGUAUGCUUGUUUUCCUAUAGAGCCAGAGCAGCUCGUUUUUUUGAGAAAGGUUUCUAACCUUUUUUUAGCUAUAAACUUUGAAGGAAGCCACAGUGUUCAAAGUCUGCGCGGCACAAGCAAGCUAUGACGACACUUUCAACUUUGGGAGGGGGGCAGAAUUGAGUUUUACCUUCCCCGGAACUUUCACUUUCAUUUGCUGUGCCAUGCCAAAGAGAACAACCGCAGCAAGGAAGGAACGCUCACAGCUCAUGACACUUUGCAGAAACUGGUCAGCCCCAUCUUUGCUUCUUCAAUCCAAUCAGAAGAGAAUUGACUCCCCUUCCUUCUCCUAGAGACCAUUUUUCCUCCUUCCGUAAACCUUUGACUGGGAGGGGCCAAGAUGUCCAACAGUGUCUGCUGCAAAUUGGUGGACUACUUGGACGAGCUCACAGAGGAGGAAUUCAAGAGAUUUAAGAUGCACCUUGAAGACUACCCACUGGAGCAAGGCUACAAGCCGAUCCGGCACUGUAAGAUCGAGAAGGCUGACCUCACUGAAAUAGCACGGCUCAUGGUCAGGGCCUACGAGGAGGCGAAAGCAUUGCAGAUGACAGUCAACAUCCUCGACCGAAUAAAUAGAAAGGAUCUGUCGGCAAAAGUCAAACAAGAGAUGCCAGCAUUUUUCCUGCAGCCUACAAAAGCAGCGGCCUCGACCAGGGAAGAAAAAAGAAAACGGGAAGAAAGGUUGCUGUCCAGUAUCACUGACAAGUUUUGUGGGACUCAAAAUAAAGUGGAAGUCAUACUGGAUCCCAAGACAGCCUUCCCUACCCUCAUCCUUUCUGAAGAUCGGAAAAGUGUAUACCUGGGCAGGCAGGCCCAGGUUCUUCCUGACAACCCUGAGCGCUUCAAUUUUUCGCCAUGUGUCCUCGGAGCAGAAGGCAUCACCUCUGGGACUAUGGAAUGGGUGGUAGAGGUGGGCAAGGCCAAAGCAUGGGCCAUCGGGGCAGUCCGGGAACCCACAGGGAGAAAAUGGUACCAAUGCAUCAGAGUUACUGAGGGGUUUUGGGCACUGCAGCUGAUUGAGGGAGAAUACAUGGCCUCUACCUCUCCUUCCACUGUCCUUCCACUGUGGAAAUCCCCGCGACGGAUCAAGAUACUUCUGGAGUACGAUUUUGAAAUCCUCUCCUUUUAUGACGCCGACUCCAUGGAACUUAUCUAUACUUUCAACUAUCCUUUCUCUGAGAGGAUGUUUCCCUUUUUCCAGGUCUGGGAUACCGAGAUCCCCCUGAAAAUCUCAUAAGGGCACAUUUUUAAGAUGACUUAGGCUGCAAUCCUACACUAGGGCUGUGUACGCGUUCCUGUUUGCUCCGCAACAGGUGUGGUUCCAUCGCUGGCUUGGGAGCAGUGUACACAACAUUAGUUACAGUCCAUACGUGGUUUCCUAGGAAAUAAUCACAUUUUGAUGUGUUUUCUGCCAAACCUGCAUGGAUUCAAACAGAGGAAUCAGGACAACCUAGUUAUGUGUACACAGCCUUAGAUGUGGCAAGAAACAGUGAAUCCACCAACCAAUUAUGAAAUUGAGCCGGUAAUUUAAGGAGAGAUGAGUUGGUGAAAUGGCCCCUCAGCUGGUUCCUGGUACCGACCAAAGAGGAAUGGUUAUGUAAAUUAUGUGAAUAUUUGGAACUGGCCAAAUUGACGGAUGUAAUAAGACUAAAGCCAAUGAAUGCAGUCAAGAAGGAAUGGAAGUGCUUGAAUGAUUAUUUAGAAAGACAAGGUUCUAAUGUAAAAAUUUGGCUGUGUCUAGAAUGACCUCGUGAAUGGAAAAGGGGAAAUAUACAUAUAUACAUAUCUAUAUAUUAAGAUGAAA